AUGGCUUCGACUCAGUUCACAGCCUUGAUCCGGCUGCCAUUCCCGCGCGGCAACUUCGUAGAUCCACCACAAGCCCAAUGGGAUGCUGAUAAGGACCGCCAGCUGUGGAAGGUCAUCUCCAAAUCCUCAAAGACCAGCGACCUCAACUGGGUGGAGCUUGCGACCAAGUUCCAAGUGCCUCCUACCUUUCUGCUCCAGCAAGCGGCAUGGCUGUAUGAACGGCAUUUCGAGCAUGUUCGCAAUCAGAUGAAGAAGGUCAGCGGUUCGACCGUCACCGCGCCUGCGGCAUCUGGGGGCGGAAGUACCCUUGCUUCUGUAGGCGGUGUUGCAAUGCAAAGAGCUGGCAGUGGCGGUGCCGGCCCUCCGAGAACGACAUCGGCAUUGUCUGGAGGGCGCAGAAACAGCCCAAACCUUGGACUGGGAGAGGUGAUUGAGCCAGCUCCGGCACUGACCAGGACACCCUCGACGACCACGAUCACACAAACUCGUGCACAAACUCAGCAGCUCCCAGCUCGGACACUGUCUGCACGGUCGACACAGCGACCGAAUCUUACGAGGCCCUCUAGGGACGAUCAGCCUGUUUCUCCUGGCUCCCUGGCUCCUACGAACGUGCAAGAACCGCCGGAUUCACCAGAAAUCCCAGAUUCGUCUUCGCCAAGCUCGUCGUCCAUGUCAGAUACUGACCAUCCAGCGCACCGUAGCCAGCUGUUUAAGCGACCACCGCGCUUCCAGCAGAAGCAGGCCCGAGAGCUAGCCCCAUUUGCAGAAGGUGACGGCACGCAGGAGGCAGACGAAGCAGAUUCACCGGCCGCCACCAUGCUGCCUUUUGCAUCAGCAGCAAGACGAGUGCCGGGCGCGUCAAAGCAGACUCAAUCUGAGCAGAAGACUCCGCUUGUGGACCGACAGAAGAGCAUUGCUGCAGCUAAGCAAAGCAGCCCGCAAUCCCGGGCCACGACUGAAACAGCAUCAUCCAUGACCAGCUCUGCUUCGGCUAGCGAUACCCCUUCUGGACCGCAAGCUGCGACGAAGAGUCCUGUGAGCCCAAACUUUAAUCAUCGUGCUGCUAUGGCAAACCUGGGAAGCCCACGGGCGCAGGCGUUGAGGCGUAAGGAAGGGAGUGAAGGCACGCCGAGCAUGGGUAGCAGUUUCAGUGAUAUCGAUGAUGCGGGCAUCAGCCAGUCGGCACUAGAGGAAGCAUUGCUCAGCAAUAUGCAACAUGGAAGAAUGAGCACUCUCAGCCGAAUGUCUCACGCCUGGAAGCAGUAG